AUGGCGUCCCAAAAACAUGUCGCAGAGGUGCCGCGCAGCCUCCUCCCUCGCUUGACCUGGAACAGCGCCUCCUCUCGCCCAACCGUCACUCCCUCACAUUGUCCCGCACUCACAAAAAGGCCGACAAACUACUCCCAGGGCUGGAGUCCUCUCAACCGCCAAAUUCACUCCCUCAACGCUCGUCACCAGUCCUCCCGAGCCUUUUCCACCGCCCUUCAUGACUCCCACUUCGCCUCUCCUGUUUCCCGCCGACCCUCCGCUUCAACGACGAGACGCCCAGCUGGGGAACAAACCCUCGCCGGUCCGGUUCGACACAAUGGCAUUUACGUCGCGGCGUUCAAGCCUGCGCAGCGCGCAUUCCAUGCGACGCCCUCUCGACCCCGUGAUCACCAUUUCGAUACCCUGCGCUUCGUGAAGAGGCUCCAGGCUGAAGGGUUCAGUGAGGAACAGGCCGUGGCUAUGAUGCGGGUAUUGAACGAUAUCAUCCAAGAGUCUAUUCAAAACUUGACGCGGACGAUGGUCCUCCGCGAAGAUUCGGAGAGAUCAACAUACACUCAAAAAGUCGACUUUGCCAAGCUACGCUCUGAACUCCUGAAUGCGGACUCCACCGAGGCACAGCUGACCCACUCAUCUCACGAGAAGAUCGCAGCGGAUCUCGCAAAACUUAACUCCCGUCUCCGCGAUGAGAUUGGUCGCACACAGGCAUCUGUUCGAUUGGAUUUGAACCUCGAGAAGGGCCGGAUCCGCGAGGAAGCUAAUGGCCAGGAGAUGCGAAUCAAGGAAACCGAGACGCGGAUUGAACAGGAAGUGGCCGGUCUGCGCGAGCGUGUUGAAGCUGUCAAGUUCUCGACAUUGCAGUGGCUGAUGGGUGUUUGCACCGGUACUGCUGCUCUGAUUCUUGGUGCUUGGCGCCUGUUUAUGUGA